ACAAACCAUACCUACCACUUACUACUCUGUACAUCUAUUGCUGAACAUACAUUGCACAUUCACCGUCGGAUAAUCGCAUACUGGAUUGCAACAAUGGAGUCGGACUCUGAAUCAUACCAAAAGCCAGGCGGAAAACUCCUUGAGCCCGCCGACCUCUUUUUAUCAGGUCAAUCUGUCCUCGCUGAGGCUGCAACUCCAACCCCGCUUUACCACUUGAACAGUGACAUUACCUCAAUCUCAAACAAAAACUCGUCCGUGACUCUUGAAGGAGUCGAACACGGUGUAUCUGAGCUCGGGAGUGAGAUCGAGAGCGUCACUGCUGGCACGCCGCAAAAGCGACAUCUUUUCUACCUCGCACACCCCGUGAAUGCGCAAUACCGGACCGACAUACCUGCCAUGUAUUACAUCACUUCUGCGGUGCCCGAGAUGGUAGGCAAUAUUCGACUCGAGACUUCCGAGGCGCGGCUUCAAAGGACAUCCUUCAAAGCGAUGUUAAGCCCGAAGAAAACCGCCUCGGAUAAGCCCUUGUUCGACGAGGGCACACCACAAGUCCUAUUGUUUGAUAUCCGCCCAGAUUGGAAGGUCGGUCGCAAUUACUAUAAGUGGAGCGAUUCCAAUGGCAGACAGGUCGCUAUUGAAGAGAAAGAGAAUGACAGAUAUAAAUUAUCAAUUACGAGGAGUAUGCCGCGGGAGAUGAAGGAUGCACUGGUUGCUACAUGGCUGUUACGGCUGUGGCACGAUACGGCUGAGAGUAAACGUGCUAAAAGGCAGUUCCUUGAAAGCAUGACAUCACCAGAAGCGUAUCAAGAAAGCAUGAAGCCGUAUAUCCCGAGGCAGUGCAUAAUCAUGUGA